UCUAGCACCAGGUUCAACAAAUGCUAAUUGAAACAAAAACAAAAUAACAGGGUUGUUUCUCUCAGCUUGCAAUAUUGGAUUGGUUCAUGCCUCCUCCAGACCCCCCCUGACUAAAUAAGAUCACAGCAACACGCAGCACCCAGAUUUAAAGGCCAGGUCAAUAGUAAUGGGUUUAAAUCAGGCCCAUGUAGGGAAAGCGUAUCUUCAGGGGCCACUUGGCUGGAGUGCAUUUUAAUCACAGCAGCCAGAGGAGGAACAGGAUGUUUUAAAAGGAUUGUUCUACCAUCAUGUGACACAGCUCAGCCACAGAGCUGCGCUGAUCUGAGAUCAGGCUUGGCUCAGCAUCGAGAUCGGGAUGUGGAUGAGGAAAUCUCAUCGCUGAUCAGAAGCAGGGUUCUGUGUAGGGUUUGUUUCCUCUCGUUUCAGCUUGACACCACUGCUUUUCUUUGAGUCUUCUUGGGGUAUGACUGACACCAUGUUUGGAAGCGGGAACCAUCAGUGGGUAUGUCCCAAUGACCGACAACUCGCUCUAAGAGCAAAACUCCACACGGGUUGGUCGGUGCACACGUUCCAAACAGAAAGGCAGCGAAAAACCCAGGUGCUGAACAAGAGGGAGCUAGACAUCAUCCUGAGCGUCAUCCACAGAGCCGAGCAGCUGGACCUGAUCGAACAGCACAGAAUCGGGCGUCUGAUGGAGCGUUUGGAGAACAUGAAGAGGUCAGCAGUGGGGAACGGUCUGUCCCAGUGCCUGCUGUGUGGAGAGGCUCUGGGGCUGUUGGGAACUCCUUCAGUCCUCUGCUUUGACUGCUGCAAGAAAGUGUGCACCAAGUGUGGGAUUGAGACGGCUUGCACUCAGAAGAGAGCUCAGUGGCUCUGCAAGAUCUGUAGUGAACAGAGAGAGGUGUGGAAGCGUUCAGGUGCGUGGUUCUACAAGUCUCUGCCCAAGUACAUUCACCCAGAGAAGGACUCCUUCAUGGAGCGGAGGCCUGUGAUGGAGAGAGAGGAGCAGCCAGUGGUCAGAAGUGUCCCCAUCACCUACACCUGGGCCCAGAGGAAAGUCGACUCGAGUGAGAGCGAUGGCAGUGACUCGGAGCUCAGUGAUGCCAGCAGCGACAGAAAGAUCAUCCCCGAGAGCAUCAAAAGACGCCACUCGGCUCUGUCCGAGUCCAGCGGGAGUGUGGGACUCCCGCCUCUGCAGUUCAUCCUGAGCAGCCCGUCCCGAGCCAGCUUCCUGUCAGGGAGCCACUCCAGUCUAAGCAGUGAGCGUGGUAGCCUGGCCCCCGCCCCUGAGGAUGAAGACACGGCACAGAGCUGCACGUCAUCGUCCGCCCCGGUCCUGAGGCGCACCGGUUCACUGCGCUCAUCCUCCUCGUCCUCGUCUUCCGCCCCGGCCGCCACCUCCUCUGCCGGUGAGACGGGGCGAGAAAAGAACGACGACGGCGAUGGAGACGGAGACGACGACCUGGACCGGGCCUUCAGCACCACCUGCGCCCCUGCCUUCGCCACUGCCUCUGCCUCCGCCUUUCCUCCGCCCAGCAGGAAGGAAGAAGAACCCGAUAUGGAGGGCUACGACUCAGACGACUCCACCACUCUUGGCACUCUGGACUUCAGCCUGUUGUAUGAUCAAGAGAACAACGCUCUGCACUGCACCAUCAAUAAAGCAAAGGGACUCAAACCCAUGGAUCACAACGGGCUGUCAGAUCCCUAUGUUAAACUGCACCUGCUACCUGGAGCUAGCAAAGCCAACAAGCUCCGGACCAAGACUCUGCGUAACACCCUGAACCCUGUAUGGAGUGAGACACUGACCUACUACGGCAUCACCGACGAGGACAUGGUCCGCAAAACCCUCAGGAUUUCCGUGUGUGACGAGGACAAAUUCCGGCACAACGAGUUCAUCGGCGAGACACGGAUCCCCCUGAAAAAGCUCAAACCCAACCAGACCAAGAACUUCUACAACUGCCUGGAGAAGCAGCUGCCUAUCGACAAGACGGACGAUAAGUCUUUGGAGGAGCGCGGGCGCAUUAUGAUCUCGCUGAAGUACAGCUCGCAGAAGUGCGGCCUGGUUGUGGGCAUCAUCCGCUGCGCUCACCUCGCCGCUAUGGACGCCAACGGCUUCUCCGACCCUUACGUUAAAACAUACCUGAAGCCGGAUGAGAACAAGAAGUCAAAGCACAAGACUGCUGUCAAGAAGAAAACCCUUAAUCCAGAGUUUAAUGAGGAGUUCUUCUAUGAGAUCAAGUAUACAGAACUGAGCAAGAAGACCCUUGAGGUGACCGUUUGGGAUUAUGACAUUGGCAAAUCUAAUGAUUUUAUAGGUGGAGUGUCUUUAGGCAUCAACGCUAAUGGAGAACGUCUGAAACACUGGUUCGACUGUCUCAAAAACAAGGACAAGAAAAUCGAGCGCUGGCACACACUCACUAACGAACUCCCUGGUUCGGGCUUCAACGACUGAAUCCUGCCACGCCAGCACCCGUUCCCUUUCCCGCCAGAACGUAACGCUCGUCACCUCCAACGCUACAGUCCAGAGAUGGGUACCAAAGUGACCUCUUUUUUUUUUUUUUUCUUCCCCUAAUAAUCCUUCCCUGAAUGUACUUCCCCCUGGUGUUCACCUUACCGUUCCAUGUGGCUUUCGAGCUUCUUGAGCCAGCUUGUGUUGAUACUGUAUGAAGAGGUGUUUCUCCGUCCCUCUGCAAACAUUUAAAUACCUUGCUGUUCUCUCUGAUGUUCACUAAAUAUUCCAGAAUAUUGUUUACACCAGAUGUUCAGAAGAUCACCUCAGAUCAAGGGCGAGGUUAGACCUGGAAGGAUUUCAGAGAGAGACUGAGGAGAGAUCGAUUUGUUUACAUCUAGAAUCCAGUUCGUAGUUUGUACGCCUGACCACAACGAAAAAACAAACAAAAAAAAAUUCUCUUGUAUCAUGCUACACUAUGAUAAGACGGUUUGAUGGAUUUUUUUCAGAUGAUCUAUUUUUAUUCCAUUUUAUUCUCUUAGCUUUUUUUUUUUUUUUAAUUGGCAUAAGGACUCGGCGUCAUUGCGGAAUGUUUUCUUUAUCCACGUCGUUGAGAAUGUGACACCGAAAAAAUCGACGGAAUCGACGUCUGUCCUGUUUACAUAUUAAAAAAUACGUUCGAGAUGCCGCCAAGAAUAUGGAGAAAUUUCACUCCAGGUAUAAGAUUGUAGAUCCGGACCGUCAUACUGGGAAUGUACAGUGCAGUAACGUAGGUGUAGAUGUCGUUCAGAUUUAUAUGUUCAAUAAUGUUUCCUUGAAACAUGUUGAAUGUAAGGGUUUAAAAAAACAAACAAACAAACAAAAAAAAAAACUAGGAUCUUUACACACU